UCCACCAAUGGCGGGGCGCGCUUUUUACAAACUGCCGCGAGUCCAGGAAGUUGACAGCCCUCCUCCGUGAGAAAGAACCGAACAAGGGAUCUUUAAAUUCCAACAAAACGCCCGGAAAACCAAAACAUUUGGAUUUCACUUGAUCAGAGACUUCACUGGACGGCCAGAAGGAAGUAACAGCGGCCAUUUUGUAUUUUUAAAUUCUUCAUCACCACCCUCUUCCUUCAUCAUCAUGGAUUCCCCUUCAGUCCUCCGGCAGCAAAGUCAGAACAAAAUCCACAGUGACUUUCUGAGAAUGAAGAAUGAACAUAACAAAAUCCUAGUGAACCAGAAACCUUCCAAACCUGUGUCUGCACCUCAUCUUUCUAAACAAGACAAUGAGAACAAAGAUCCAGGACGUUCAGACACGGGCAGAAAGGCAGCUGUGCGACCAGCUGUAAGCAGAUUACCAGUGCUCGCUAAGUCUCUUCAUCUUCAGACUCCAAUUGACUUCAGACAAUCACACUGUAGAUGGGAGGAGAAACCUCUGGCUGGCAAAGCUAAGAAGAAAAAGCCGUGCACCAGGCCUGUGCCUUUUAACCUGUCGCAGCCAAAGAGUUCAACAACCAGCGAAAACCCACAGCCCGGUGCUCAUGCUGUCCAACCUGAAAUCAAUGUAGGCAAAGUCCGUCUCAGGACCCAAAACAUAAAUUCAAAACCUACUAAACAUUCAAGUAUGUCAAGCAUCCAUGUGGAUUCAACACAUAAGUCUCAUGGAAAGGCUACAGAUAAAAUAUCCCACCUGUCAGGACAGUCCCAGCCUCCUAGCACUUUCAAGACUUCAGCCACUUUGUCCAAUCCUCGAUCAGCCUUUCAUAAUAACGCUCUGCAUCAGAACAGUGCUGAUCCUUGUGCACAGUCUGCUCUUAGUGCAGAGACCUGUUUGGAAAACAUGAACCGGCUCAGCCUCAAAGAUCCAACCAAGUCAUCAUAUGCUGCCCAGAACACGCAGCUGACCACACAGGUGAAAUCUUCAAAGAGUUCAACUGGGGAGAACUUCCAGCCAGACCACGCAGCUUUCCUCAGUAUCCUCCGGAAUGAGGGCGUAAGCACCACAGCUCUGGGAUCUGCAACUCCACAGUCCAAACAAUAUAACUGUCUGCCUCUGCGAGUGUCUAUCAUGAAGAGUCGAUCAAAAGCUGCAGCAACCACAGGAUUAGAAAAGUUGGUGCAGUUUUCCCCCGACACCGCCGCUCUGCAAAGUAUCCUCCAGAACCAGGGGGUGAAUGCUGGAGGGCUCGUAGGUGCCACGCCUGGAAAGUCUGUCUGUCCAUCAGGCCGAGGCACUUCCAUCUACACAGCUCAGAGAGUACCAAUUAGGAAAAAUCUCACAGAGGCGACUGGUGGACCAGUGGUUGCACUCAAAGAGACUCCCCAGAGGAAAUGGACUCCACAGAGAAUCCGCGACACCCGUCAUCAGCCCAUAUCAGCUAUGCAGUCACCAUAUACCAACACCCCAGGUCUGAGGAGUUGCAAAACCAACCUUCAACCACACCAGGAGGAGAUCGUGCAGAGAUUGUUUGACGAUCAAGAGGAGCAGAACACUGACAAAGAUCCUGAGACACAAACAGAGCAGCUCCCAGUUCAAGCUUUAAGCACUAAACCCCACUGUGAAGAAAAGGGAGAGUCAAGCAGAACUAACAGCAGUGAGGAUGACGAGGAGCAGAGGGUGGCAGGUGUAAAGCUGUUCCUCCAAGCACCACAAAGAGAGUCUGUCAUUUUUUUCUCAACAUGCAAAAAGCUGGUCAGAGCUCCACUCUUUGAGAAGAGCUCAUCUGAUCAGGAUCAGCAUGUUCCGGUUUCAUCAGAACAGAGAAAUGUGCUGCCGCUGCAUGAAGUCAUGUCAUCUGUGUCAGAACCAACCUGUCAGAUCAACGCGUCUGUUCAGAGUCUGCGCAGAGACCUUAUUGCUCAGAAGACUCACAAUCUGAGUCCUGUGGUGGCGUUGCUGCGGAAGCGUCUUCCUCCUCUGGAGGAGCUGCGUAUGGAUGAGGAGGUGGCCACCUACACCUCAGUGUCUGUCCCCGCUGCUCCCGGGUUUGUUCCCCCUCGACCUCGCUGUAGAAACCCACUGGCCUCCGUCCUGCACUUUGAAGAGUCCUCUAGAUUUGUCCCAAUUGGCUUUGAUCUCCCCUCUGGUUCUUCUUCUCCACACGGCUCUGCACAACAGGAGAGAUGAUCUGCACUACAACUACAGUAUUUGUUUUUUACUGAGAAAAUCCAGAGAUGUUAAGCUGAAACUAAUGUACUGACGAGACUUUGUUUAAUGGAGAUGAUGUUUGUCCAACACUGAUGCACGCCAGCCUUAAUACAGGUCCAAAGAAUGCUGCUGGUGUCAUUUUUUUGAAACCACAAAUCUUUUUUUCUUAAAAAUUGUAUUAUUACUUUCAAUAGAUGAUUUCUAAAAGAGGUUAUAUCUGUACAAUGACAGAUCUUUCAUACUGGAGUGUUUAUGACAUGAACAACUGAAUGUUGGAAAAGUAAAUGUUAUAAAAGGUCAAUGAAGGCACUGGACCUCAUUAGUGUUAUAGAUGUAGAUUACUUAUAGAUUCGUGUUUCAGAGUAUUUUCAGAGAAUUGAUUUUCAAAUAAUGGUUUGUUAUUUGGAUUUUUUAAUGAGGACUGAAUAUUAAAGUUCUUAUUGUACAGUGUAAUAAAUGUAUAUAUGUCACUGGAGAGCCUUGUGUCAUUUUGGGGAUUUCCAACCUCAGUAGUUUAAAGGGAC